AUGGCUGUCCGAUCGAACUUUGUGUGGCUCACUCUCGCCUUGAGCCUUUCCGACCUUAGCUGUAAUGCAAGUCCAGUGCGACAAAGGGCGGCCGUCCCAGAUGGCUUCUAUGCGGCUCCUUACUACCCAACGCCAUACGGUGGCUGGGAAGAUUCAUGGAAAGAUAGCUAUGCAAAGGCGCAGGCACUGGUGGGCAAGAUGACACUAGCGGAGAAGACGAACAUCACGGGUGGAAGCGGUAUGUUUAUGGGUAACCCUUGUGUAGGAAACAGCGGUAGUGCAUACCGAGUCGGCUUUCCUCAGCUUUGUUUGCAGGAUGGUGCUCUCGGUGUGGGCAACACGGAUCAUAAUACGGCAUUCCCAGCUGGUAUCACCACGGGAGCGACGUUUGACAAGGACCUUAUCUAUGCUCGCGCAGUGGCUAUUGGCAAAGAAUUUCGCGGCAAAGGAGCCCACGUUUUCCUUGGUCCCUCGGUAGGUCCCCUAGGUCGCAAGCCACUCGGUGGCCGCAACUGGGAAGGCUUCGGUGCCGAUCCCGUUCUCCAAGGUAUUGCCGGUGCCUUGACUAUCAAGGGUGUCCAGGAACAGGGUGUUAUUGCUACCAUCAAGCAUUUCAUUGGAAAUGAGCAGGAGAUGUAUCGCAUUUUAUGGCCAUUUGCUGAUGGUGUCCACGCCGGCGUUGGCGCGGCCAUGACAUCUUACAACGCCGUCAACGGCUCGGCUGCUUCUCAAAACGCCUACCUUAUCAACAACUUGCUCAAGGAUGAGCUUGGGUUCCAGGGUUUUGUCAUGUCGGAUUGGCUUUCUCACAUUUCCGGAGUCGCAUCAGCACUGGCCGGCCUUGACAUGAGCAUGCCUGGAGACACCCAAAUACCUCUAUUUGGUGGCAGCCUCUGGAAGUUCCAUCUCACAGAGGCGGCGUUGAACGGCUCAGUGCCAGUGGACAGGCUUAACGACAUGGCGACCAGGAUUGUGGCCCCUUGGUAUCAGUUCGGCCAAGACAAGAACUUCCCAGCUGUUAACUUUCACUCAUACGUAUCGAGUGAAAAGGGACUUCUAUAUCCAGGUGCUGUUCCGGUCUCGCCCAUUGGUAAGGUUAACUGGUUUGUGGAUGUUCAAGCGGAUCACGGCUCGGUCGCACGCCAGGUCGCCCAAGAUGCCAUUACUCUUCUGAAGAACGACGAUAAUUUCCUGCCCCUUUCUACCAAGUCAUCCCUCGGGAUCUUCGGCUCUGAUGCUCGGGUUGACCCUGCUGGCCCCAACGCUUGCGGAAGCCGCGCCUGCAACAAGGGCACUCUGGGAAUGGGCUGGGGCUCCGGCGUUGCGAACUACCCCUAUUUUGAUGACCCCAUCACUGCCAUCAAGAAGCGGGUCGAAAAUGUCAAGCUCUACGACAGCGAUGACUUCCCCCACACACUCACUCCUUCGCCCACUGAUGACGACAUUGCAAUUGUCUUUAUCAACUCCGCCGCGGGCGAGAACUCGCUCACCGUUGAAGGCAACCAUGGUGAUCGCGACAACGACAAGUUCUCGGCUUGGCACAAUGGAGAUAAGCUCGUCCAGAAGGCUGCGGAGAACUACAAAAACGUCAUAGUCGUUGUCCACACAGUCGGCCCCCUCAUACUCGAGCCCUGGAUUGACCUGCCCUCCGUCAAGGCGGUCCUCUUCGCCCACCUUCCCGGCCAAGAAGCCGGCGAAUCGCUCGCCAACGUUCUCUUCGGCGACGUCUCACCCUCCGGCCACCUCCCCUACUCCAUCACCAAGAAGGAGAACGACCUCCCUGACAGUGUAACCAAGCUCGUCAAGGAAAUCAUCGGCCAGCCCCAAGAUACCUACAGCGAAGGCCUCUACAUCGAUUACCGCUGGCUCAACAAGCAAGGCAUCAAGCCCCGCUAUGCCUUCGGCCACGGUCUGAGUUACACCACCUUCAACUACACCGACGCCCACAUCAAGAUCGUCAACGCCCUCUCCUCCGCCCUGCCGCCCGCUCGCCAGCCCAAGCCCUCCGUCGCCAUCCUCUCCACCGAGAUACCGCCCGCUUCCGAAGCCUACGAGCCCGCCGACUUCUCCAAGGUCUGGCGCUACAUCUACUCCUGGCUAUCCAAGUCCGACGCCGACAAGGCCUAUGCCGUCGGUACCUCUUCUUCUUCUAAGUCCGGUUCCCAAAUUUACCCCUACCCCGAGGGCUACUCGACCGUGCAAAAGCCUGGUGUCCCUGCCGGCGGCGGACAGGGUGGUAACCCGGCCCUUUUUGACACCAUCCUCGAGCUGGAUGUGACUGUGCAAAACACUGGUUCUCGACACAAGGGUAAAGCCUCUGUGCAGGCGUAUGUCCAGUUUCCCACGGACAGCGAGUACGACACGCCUAUUAUCCAGUUGCGUGACUUUGCCAAGACGAAGGAGUUGGGCACCGGAGAGAGCGAGACGGUUACGUUAAGGCUGAGGAGGAAGGAUUUGAGCGUGUGGGAUACGCAGAAGCAGAAUUGGGUGGCUCCUGGUGCCUUGGGGGCUAAUGGGAAGAGUAAGCGGUACAUUGUGUGGUUGGGUGAGGGGAGUGAUAAGCUUUUCACUAGGUGUUUUAGCGAUACUUUGGUUUGUGAAAGGGGGGUUGAGCCACCUGUUUGA